CUUUUCCGGUGACGCCAUGGAUCUUCGUCGAAGCUCGAUUUUGCUUUUGAUCAUUGCGUUGUUAUCUCCCAGGACACUAUCAAUGCGUUACGAGUUAAAGUCUUCGAAAACGAAAUGCAUCGGUGAGGAGAUUCACGAAAACGCCAUGUCUAUUGGUAAAUACUUCAUCGUAAACCCUAACGAAGAUCAUCAUCCUCUUCCUGAUUCUCACAAGAUCAUCGUCAAGGUGAUGCCACCACAAGGGAAGAAUUUGCACGAAGCCGAUAAUGUAGAGGCUGGUCAGUUCUCGUUUACUGCUUAUGAAAAUGGGAGUUACGUAGCGUGCAUCACUGCCAUUGAUUAUAAGCCGGAGACCACGUUGACUAUUGAUUUUGAUUGGAAGACUGGUGUUCACUCUAAGGAGUGGACCAAUGUGGCUAAGAAGAGUCAAGUUGAUAUGAUGGAGUAUCAGGUUAAGACCUUGAUGGAUACUGUUAUUUCCAUACAUGAGGAGAUGUAUUAUCUUCGUGAAAGGUAACAGACAAAGAACAAACCUUUUAAGCCUUAGUUUUGUUUGGUCGGAAGAGAGAGAGAUGAUGAGGUUAAUUAAUACUUAAACCAUACAUUUUGUGAGUUUGAUAAUCCAUUAUGCAAAAAAGGUUCAUUUUGCUCUCUAUCUCAUCUUUCAUUCUUAU